AUGAGUGCUGCAACAUUUAUUUCAUUGUUUUGUGUUUUUAUAAAGUAUAUUAUAGGAACUAAAGCUUCUAAUCACUGGAUGGUCACUGAAAGUGGUUUAAUUCAACCUAGGAUUGACUCACCUUUCAACUUGGCUCGCCCUUACGAUCUCUUGGCUUUUUUAAAUCAGGAAAAAAGAUGGGAUACUGUUUUUGAAAUUUAUAAUGAUCUAUCAAGUAGACAAUCCAUUAUUGAUACUCUUUGGGCUGAUGUCGAAAAAGACACUAAUAUGGGAGUUAAAAUAGCGCGUAAUGAACAUUGUGUUAAAGCUGGCAAUGUGAACGUUAUAGAUUGGUAUGCGGCUCUGUUAGAAGAUGGAUCAAAGAAGAUCCCUGGUAAAGAAUUUCUGCUACCUAUUCCGUACUAUGGCCCUAAUACUGACAUGCCGGAUUGCAAACGAAUCUCCUCAUUGGCAUUUAGUAUGUUUGCAUUUGAACAUUUAGAAGGUAUGUUACAACGAGACAAUCUCACAGUGAACCCUGAAUUUGUUCUGCCAGAGCUGAUAUCUCCUGUCAUGACCCUAGAUCAGUUUGGUCACUGGUUGACAACUAUGCUUCAACGCAAUAACUCCUCCUGGCUGUAUUACCACAUGGCCUCAUUGUAUUGGCGGAUUAGGGGAAAUGCACCUAAAGCUAUUGAGUGUAGCCGACGUGCUUUGCACUUUGUACCAAGGGUGUACAAAGAUAUUGCUCUCGGAAGUCUUGGAAUGAUUUUGCACAGAAGCAGCAAAACCAAUGAUGCUAUAGUUGUUUUAAAAGCUGCUAUUGAUCAUGAUCCAAAUAACUAUGUUAGUCAUUUUGCUAUUGCAAAUGCCUAUACAGUAAUUGGAGAUUUUAAUACUUCUAUAAAGUAUUAUGAUAAAACACUUAGGUUAAAUCCGAGGAUGGAAUUGGCUGCAAAACACAAGUUUGGAGCGCUGUGUCAUGCAAAACUAGGAUUAAGGAUAAACUCAAUUAGACAGACAUUUAACAAGUUACGUCAAGAAUUAAAGGAAUAUACCAAGAAGGAAACUAAAUAUCUUAAAGUACAGGCAGAGUUUCUAGGAACCGUAAGACAUCCUGAUGAUUAUGAAUAUAGAAAUGUAGAUAAAACAUUUGAAAGAAUGGCUGAGAUAACGGGUUUGAAAAUGAAAGAUAUGAAAAUGAAAAUUGAUAAAAAUUCCCUUAUUAAGUAUUUUCUGGAUGGUCUAAUAUAUAACGACGACAAAUUAGCCAGAGCGGGUAUUGAUGGCAUUGAUACAAUAUACAGCUUGGAAAGGCUUGUUAUGCAUAUUAAUACAAAUUCAAAUGGUCAGAACGAACCAUUUCAUGAUCAACCGAGUUUCUCUAUAAACAUUAAGGAGAAAGUGAAACCUUCUGAACAAAAAACAGCAAAACCGGUUUCUCGUGAUAACAAAAAAGAAUACCAUCUGGUCAUUGAGAAGAAACCAACAGCAGAUGAAGAAUUAUCAGAAUUUGAGACUGGAAUUAUUAUGUAUCCACCAACUAUAACAAUAAAUAGGAACAUAGAGGACUUCGAUAAGGAGAUGGAAUGGCCUUCAAAUAAACUUUGCAAAGAAUCAGCACAUAAAUUCCCUGAGAAUGUUGAGGCUAUAUUCCCUGUUUUCUUGCCUUUCGAGAACAAAGGCAUUAGACCUCAAUUCACGUAUGAAGUGGUGGACACGGGGUUCUUGAGGCAGAAGCUAUUGGAAUAUGUGAGCGAUGAAAGAAGCGAGGACGCGGCACACAUGCAGGACGCCGAAAUAGGACAUAGAAUAUACAUCGCUAUGAAGAAGAAACUGGCGCCGCGUUGGUUGGUACUAACUCUAUCAUCUUUAUACUGGAGAGUCCGAGGCCAGCCGUGGUCCGCUCUGAGUUGUUUGCGAGCUGCUAUGAAGGUUGUAAAGCCGCGCUACAAGGACCUGGUACUGGUGUCUUUGGCCUCCGUACAGCUGGAAAUAGGUCUGGCUGAUGAAGCGAUGAAUAACGCUGAAGAGGCCUUCCGCAUGAGCUUCUAUGAGCCAGCUACAAAUUUCCUGAUCGCCGAACUGAGUAUGCUCCGCAAACAUCGGAACACACACAUGUUCCACUUGAAACAAGUGGUGAGAGUUGAACCAGGGUUCAUGGGCGGCCUUGCUAGGGAACUGCUGCUGGCCUGGGCCUGUAUACUGAAACAGGUCGUCGCUCUCAGAGAGAUGGAUUACAUGAAGGGCGCCAUUUGUACUCAAGUUCAACCGCUCAUGGAUUUAGUCUGUCAAGAGGAUGAAAUCCACUGUAAAUCGCCCAACAUACAAUGUUAUACCAAUCACGAUACGAGCUCUCUCGUUCGGAUGAUGGAUGAAUCUGAUACGGAUUCCUUUUUUGCGAUCAGUGAAAAUUUCUUUGAUCCGCUCAUCGAGAAUACUCCGGCCGACCGCGGUGAGAGGUUAGCCCACCACGCCAACUUUGACAGCAUGAUAACUACCAUUGAAUCAAUAUACUCCGGAUGCGGAAACAAGAAAUGUGCAUGUGAGUUUUGGUGUUAUAAAAAUCUUGGACAGGAAGAGACUGGUGUUAAAGAAGAGGACUGUAAUUAUCAGCACCUACAAAUAGGACAUUGGUUGCAUAUUGUCAGCUUCAGGCAACUUCUCGCAGAUUCCAAAUUAGAAUUACCCACAGAAAUAUCAUCGAUACAAGUGAAUAGUAAGAAGAUUCCUGAAUGUCGGCUGCCGGAUGAGUUGGACGACUUCUACUUGGAGAAGAUCGCUCGAGCUGAUACAGAGGGCUGGAAACCCGUCAUGACAUUGAUGCAUCAGUUCUCUGAAAUGUUUGACUCAUAUGACUUCAAUACAUUGGGUUCGAAGAUCGCGAAGUAUGUCGAAAUGCGUCCUCGGUGGUGGGCGGGCCUGGUGGCGGCCGGCUGGUGGUGUGGUGCCGGUGGUCGCGGGCAGUGCGCGGCUCGUUGUCUCGCCGCCGCUCACAGAUACGCCCCACACAAAUACGCCACGUAUCCGCUGAGAUCCCUGGCCGCCAUGUUGCAUAUGCAAUCUAAACAACAGGACGCCAAACAGAUCGCCUACCUGUCUUUCUACAUGUCACCUAAGAAUAAAAUAGAAGCUUUCCUUUUAGCCGUAUCACACGCGUAUCUGGCUGAGUACGAGCAAGCUAUGUGGAUGUAUCGCUAUGCCCUCACUUUCGACGCUGACUUCGUCCCGGCCAAGGCCAGCAUACAUUCAACGAUAUGUCUUCUUUUAUAUCGUGAUGGGAAAGCACAAUUUAUGGAAUAA